AUGGCUGACAACAUUCCUAUAGGGUUUCGUUUUAGACCCAGUGAGGAAGAACUGAUCUCCCUACUUUGGCUGAAGGUUACAAACCAGCUUGAUGAAACGGACCAUGUGAAGGAGAAGAUACUUUACGGCGAAGGUGCAGAACCGUGGGAUGUUUUGGGGGAUGAUGAUGUUCGUUGGCAAUUCUGUGAUGAUAGCGGAAAAGGGGCUAGUACGAAAAGAAUGGUCUAUGUCUUUACCAAGUUGAGGAAAUUGAGUGCCAAGAAAACUGCGAGAACGGCUGGUUUGGGGACGUGGGACGGAGAAACGAAGUCGUACCCAGUUGAGGGUAUGAUUACUGGUGAGAAAAUUGGGUCAAGGAAGAUGCUAAGUUAUGUUCUGAAUUCUGGUUCAAUAGGGGUGAAAGGUGGCUGGAUAAUGCACGAGUAUUCGCUGGAUGGUGCAUCAUUGAAUGGGUUAAACAGCAGUCAUAAUACUGAUUAUGUUCUUUGUAGGAUAAUAAAGGAUGAUUCUAAGUUUACCAAAGUCAAAGAAUCUGCAACGAAAGGAAAGGUUGCCAAAGAAAAGGAGGUUGGAAAUCGUGGAUGCCGUGAAGUUGUCCUGGGCAAGAGAAAGAUGAAUCUUGAACAAGAAAGUUCACAAGCGAGUUCAUUGGAUGAUGCUGUGCAGCCAAUCAUCUGUUGGAAUGGCGACCCUUACUUGGGAUCAGUUCCUGAUAUGGUGCACUGUUCCCUUAGAAAUUAA